UUCACUGAUAAUGCGAUUUCUUCCAUUGGGAAACAGGUGUGGAGGGCCUAUCCUUGGGCUGAGUACUUGGUCCUCAAGAGCAACAGCCUGAGCAGACUUCUGAAUACCUCUCUGGAUGGCUUGCUUUCCCUUACUCACCUGGACUUGUCGUGCAAUAAAAUCCACUUCAUUGAGAAAAACGCCUUUGAACCUGUCCCAUUUCUGCAAUUUAUAAAUCUCAGCGGCAACAUUAUUGGGCGGAUCACACAAGGGGCGUUUGAGGCCUGGCACGGAAUGCAGUUUUUGCUCAAGAUGGUUCUCAACCAUAAUCCGCUAACGGUCAUUGAAGAUGCCCGUUUUUACAAACUGCCCUCGCUGAAGUUCCUGGACCUUGGCGCCACUGAUGUGACCCCAAAGAUAUUGGAGGCCCUUCUCAGGACUUGCCUGCAACUGAAAACUCUCAUCUUGCCCAAGAAGAUGGCCUGUUGCCUCUGCCAUAUUCAGGAUGACAUUGAACUUUUGUGUGAGUCGGUCAAGUUGGAUUGUGCCAACACAUGUGCCGCAAACUUCACUUUGUGUGAGAAAGAGAAGGCGAUGAGCAAGAUGCAAGAAGAUGUCAUAAAGGUGUUGGAAGCCAGGAAGCAGAACGAUAGCGGCAGCACCCUGAACAUUAUGCCCGAGAAGUCUUACCGCGCCAACCUGACUCUGACGCUCUCGGCCACCGCCACCGGGGGCAAGUCUAGUUUGGAACUCAAUUUCCACCGACUCCCCACCAGCCUUUUCAAAUCCGUCAAGGGCUUCAAGAAGCUGACAAGCGAGGACCUCCUGGAUGUGAAGUGGGCUGACCAGAGUGAGCUGAAGAAGCUGUACCUGCUGGCCAACUUGCUGCAGGUGGCGCUCAAGGAAAAAAUUGCAGAAGACGAAAGGGAGAGUCAAGGCGGGCCACAGCCGGCUCAGAAGGAGGGGCCUCCGAUGGCACAGCCAGCUGCAGGGGCUGCCCAAGGGAAGGGGAGGCACCUAAGAAGGGUGAAAAGAGAAACUUGGCGUGGGAGCACCCCAAGGUGGGUGGAGUCGUUUCUCAGGGCUGGCAGAGAGAGGCGAGGAUUUGCAGGGUCCACUAUGCAGCGUGCGGGACAGCCAAGCGGCACAGAUUCCCCUGCUAGGCCUCGGAACUGGAGGGAGCUAGCCGGGGGUCCAGAGCCUCUAAGUGUGGCUCGACUCCGCCGAGCAGUGCUUGGUUCCUCUCGGAAACGCUCCGCCGGGCAGUACCCGACCCACUCCCCUCCCUUGACCGCCUCCAUCAUGGUGGACGAAAAUCCCGAAGACAUGACAGGCAAGGUAGUGAUUAUCUUGAAGCACCCCAACAAAACCAGCAGCGCAGGACAGGAGGAGGUGCAAGUAGUACCGGUAUCUAACCCAGGUUCUCCCGUCGAGGCUCAGCCUGCCGUCGAGGCUCAGCCUGCCGUCGAAACUCAACCUGCCGUCGAGGCUCAGCCUGCCGUCGAGGCUCAACCUGCCGUCGAGGUUCAACCUGCCGCUGCACCUCCACGUGAAGAGAGCAUAGACAAGUCGGAGGAAAUUUUGCGGCAGCGCCUCGAGUCCGAGAUAUUGAAGAAGGAGGAGCUGCUCAGCCAGCUGAUGAAAGGAGAAGAUAAAUCCAAGCCCCCGCCCGACGACUCGGAAACCUUGAACGAGAUCUCCCCUGACAUCACCUUGUCGCAAGAGACGCACUGGGAGCACCACGAGCAGAGGACCACGUUUUCCCCGCGCCUUCAGCUCUUGCCAGCUCCGGAUGACUAUUUGCUUCAGGGCGACCUCUUUGAAGCGGAGCUGAACAAGCGCCUGGAGCCGCUCAUCCCAAACGCGCCGGUGAGGAACCUCAUCUCCCACGUGAUCCGCAUCUUGAAGAUGGACUGCACAGAACCCGCCAUCCAGCUGGCUUGCGCUAAGCUCAUCUCCAGGACAGGCCUCCUCAUGAAGCUCUUCAGCGAGAGAGAGAACAUCAAGGAGACCACCUCCUUGUGGAAGUCGUACCUUUGGUCUGCCAAGAAUGCAGCCAACAAGACCACGUUGAGCCCAAGGUUAAUGGGGAAACCUUCCGACGAGAUAGCGAGGCAGGGGAUUCCAGAAUAUGGGUACGGCAACAAGCUGUUGCUAGCUAUUUCAGUGACGGCUGUGAUAAUGAUUAUCAUUGCAGUAAUUUGCCUGAUUGAGAUCUGCUCUCAGCGUUCGGCAGCUAAAUCAAAGGACGGCUCUGAAAAACGGACCUUUCUGGGCAGAAGGAAGAAAGACAGACAGGGUUCUGUCGACAAGCCUCUUUGGCUCAAAGACAUGUAUCAGCCUCUGGAUGAUGCUCGGAGAAGGAGCAUGAUUGGUAAACUGCACGAUGAAGAUACCUCGGAUGAGGACGAUAUAUUCAACUGGGCCAAAUCAAGGGAACCACCCCCUGCGGAAAAGCCCAGUUCAGUAAAAGUAGUUGAAGAGCCCCCCGUUAAAAAGGAGAGUUCAAAGAAACUGGCGCCAGAACCCCCACCUCCAGCUCCGAAGCCAGAGUCUUCAGGGGCAGAAGAUGAUAGUGGGUCAAAGAAACCGAGUUCAGCUGAAGAAGGCGAAGGGGGGGAUGAAGAGGAGGAUGAAUGAUUGUCCUUUUGUGAAUACUGCUGUAUAUUAUCUAGAGCACUUUACAAAGUACUAUUGUUGUUUAUA